UGAAUGGUGGCCGACUUCGAAGAAAAGCUGCAGCUGCAACUGUAACUGCAACUUGCGCAUCCCCCUCCCCUCGCAAUCUCAUCUCAUUCAUUGAUUGAUUGUUUCUACUUUCCAAAAUGAUAAAUUAUAAUGCAACUAGCUCCAGAAAAUUUCAAUUCUCCAAUUUAUUUAUAUAUGUACCGGCGUGGCUGCGUUGGUAGAGUAGUUACUGUUAUUGCCAUCGGAUUUUGGAGAAAUUUGCGCCGGAAAACCAUGCCUUCUUCGGUUCAGAUUCGCCGGAUCGAUGUCAUAACCGGUGGCGGUGGCGGAGUGCGCCAGAAGCAGCAAUCCAAGCCGAUCUGGUAUUGUCCUGUGUCGGAUGAGGAUCGAUCGGUGCCUGAGAAUGUGGUGCGCCGCCAUACGCACGCGGUGGCGGAGAAUCAGUGCUGCUCGGCGGUGGUGCGCACGAUCGACGCCUCGGUGGACGCGGUGUGGUCGGUGGUGCGGCGGUUCGACAAGCCGCAGGCGUACAAGCAUUUUGUGAAGAGCUGCGACGUUAUCGUUGGGGACGGCGACGUCGGAACUCUGCGCGAGGUGCGCGUGGUGUCUGGACUGCCGGCAGGGAAGAGCACUGAGAGGUUGGAGAUUUUGGACGAUGCGGAGCACGUGAUGAGUUUCAGCGUGGUCGGCGGCGAUCAUCGGCUGCACAACUACCGGUCGGUGACGACGCUCCACGCGGCGGAGGGGAGGAGCGGCGGUACGGUGGUGGUGGAAUCGUACGUGGUGGACACGCCGGCGGGGAACACGCCGGAGGAAACGUGUGCGUUCGUGGAUACCAUCGUGAGAUGCAAUCUGCAAUCGUUGGCUCAGAUCGCCGAAAAAUUCCGAGUAAAUUAAAAAUCUAUCUCUAACAUCUAAUUAAUAUGGUUGCUGCUGCAUUCAGUUCUUACUUGAGAAUCAAUUAAUCAAUAUUGACGAUGCACAGAAUCGCUUUGGUUAUUCUAUUCAUCCUCCCCAUCAGGAUUUGGUUUGAUCUCAAACGUGUGAGAUUUGUAUGUAUCUGUGUAUAUUUUGUGAGUGACUUUCAAUUAAAGCUUUUUCUAAUUUAACCUUGGAUGGGAUUAAGCAUAAGAUACUUAAGCUGAUGAUGACCCAAAGUUAUUGUAAACACAUUUCUAAUCAUUCAAAUUUGAUUGUAUUGUGCAAUUUACCCCUAAUUUGGUGAUGCUUGUUUAUAUU